UUCCAUAGCAACCUGCCGGAGUCAGACAUGGGUCGCGGGAGCCAGCCAAUCUCCUCGUCCACGCCGCUGCAGAUCCUCUUCCACCUCAACAGCUGGUAUUUUGCAGCUUUCUACCUGGCAGAGAUCCUCAUGUUCAUCUAUAAAGGGGUGCUGCUGCCGUACCCGUCAGACAACCUGGUCCUGGACGUGGUCCUGCUGCUGCUCUUCCUCGGCCUGGAGACGCUGAGGAUCUUCUACGGCAUGAAGGGGAACCUGUGCGAGCGCUCCCUGUCCACGUGCACGUCCCUGCUGAUCCUGCUGCUGUGCGCGGCGCUGGCCGUGUACUUCCUGCUGCUGCAGACCUUCGUCCUGCGGCUGGAGUUCCUCCUCAACGCCGUGCUGCUCUGCUUCUACGGCCUGGAGCUGCUGCUGGGGCUGCUGUCCGUGUCCGCCUUCUCCAGGUCCAAAGUCUACUGAGGAAGCAGCUGUCAAUCAAACCCAGCGGGACCCAGGACCAAACCCAGAACUUUAUUUUUCUACACGUCUGAAUUUUUCUACCGAGUCGAUUUUCUGUAAAUAAAAGUUGAAUUUUGUAAAUAAACAUCCAAACUGACAUAAAGGAGAUGUUUUAAUCCAUUGUCAGAUCCUCUUGGUACUGUUUUUGAUAAAAAAUAAUAAAUUAA